AUGCGAAGAAAGGGAGGCCUGAAUUUCGGCCCACGAACUUUUUCUGCAUCAUCAAAGUGUACACAAGAUGGUGAAUGUGUUCACACGGAUGACUGUGCCAAUAACUGUACAAAAAAUUCAGGUCCUCAAUGUACAAGAGCCGAGUGUAUCAAUGACCAAUGCCAAUCGAUCCAACCCUGUUCUCGUCAAACGUGUUCAAAAUCAAAUGAAUGCGUUUUUAAUACUCUUGUUGCAUGCAAACCUCAAACAUGCCCUAAUGGUUAUGAACCACCAUGCACUGAACCAAGGUGCAACGAUGGUAUUUGUAGUAUCAUACCGGCUUGUUCAAAACGUGUAAUAUCAACAACAAGAACAACGUCAUCACCAAAUUCAAGAAACUACUGCCAAACAGUGAAUGAUUGUGUCACGAAUAAACGCUGCAUUGAUUGUAACAAAGGCCGGGGACCUGCUUGUACUCAAGUCACAUGUACCCACAAACAGUGUGAGGUUAUAGAACCGUGUUCACAACAAUUACUACCUCAAUGUACACAUGACAACGAAUGUUUACACACAGACGAUUGUCGAGCCAAUUGUAGCCAAGGCAUGGGACCUAAGUGUACGAAAGCUGAAUGUCUGAAUGAUCAGUGCGAAACAAUACCACCUUGUUCAAAGCAAACAUGCUCUAAAAAGAAACCCUGUAUUUUUGAAACAUUCGUAGCAUGUAAACCCAAGACCUGUCCGAAUGGUUAUGAACCACCUUGUACAGAAGCUCGAUGUAUCGAUAACAUUUGCCAUAUAAUACCGCCAUGCUCAAAACAUACUAAAACUGUGUAA